AACAAAAUGGGGGUGGGGACGUGCAAGUUUCAGACUCCGACUAACUACGCGGGGACUCUGAAGCGCUCAGAAAAAUGAAGCCGACCCGGCCCUGCCCCGAGGGACACUCCACGAGGGCGGAGGUGCUGGGAGGGCCCCGCCACAAUUCGCUGUAACGCAGGCCAGGCUCGGGCGGAAGGGCGGCCGGAGCCGAUCAAAGGCUGGCUCCGGGCAGGGGCAGCGAGGGAGCGAGGGGGAGCGCUCGGCAGGCCGGUGUCCCGGAGGAGGCAUAAUUGGAGCAGGGCUUCCGAGGUCACGGAGAGACGCCUGGGAAGACGUCUUAAGGAUCCUCUUCGGAGCUUGAAACGCAGGAGUAUUCCCAAACCGCGCGACCCAGCCAAGAAGAGCCGGGGCGGGGCCGGGGCCGGGAGCCGACUCGGGAAUCUCCGGCCGAGGCUCGGCAAUCCCCCCCAUCCUCCGUCCGGGGCCUCCAGCCCGGGGCCGAUCCGGAAACAGCCGAGCGGAUCCGGAAACAGCCGAGAGGACCCGGAAGCGGUGCGCUCUGUCACCAGGGAGUGCGGGAAUCCGCCGUUUGCUCUGAGGCAAUGGCGGCAGCUGCGCCGGUGGCCGCGGACAACGACGAGCGGCGGCGGCGGCCGGGGGCUGCACUGGAGGACCCCCAGCCUCAGGAAGGGGCAAAUGGUGAGGCCGAGUCAGGUGAGCUCAGCCGGCUUCGGGCUGAGCUGGCAGGCGCCCUGGCAGAAAUGGAAACCAUGAAGGCUGUGGCAGAGGUGAGCGAGAGCACGAAGGCCGAGGCUGUGGCUGCGGUGCAGCGGCAGUGCCAAGAGGAGGUGGCCUCGCUGCAGGCCAUCCUGAAAGACUCCAUCAGUAGCUAUGAAGCCCAGAUUGCCGCCCUGAAGCAGGAGCGACAGCAGCAGCAGCAGCACUGUGAGGAGAAGGAGCGGGAACUGGGCCGCCUGAAGCAGCUGCUGUCCCGGGCCCACCCCCUGGACUCCCUGGAGAAGCAGAUGGAAAAGGCCCACGAGGACUCGGAGAAGCUGCGGGAGAUCGUUCUGCCCAUGGAGAAGGAGAUCGAGGAGCUGAAGGCGAAGCUGCUGAGGGCCGAGGAGCUGAUACAGGAGAUCCAGAGACGUCCCCGGCAUGCCCCUUCCCUGCACGACUCUACGGAGUUGCUGCCCCUGUCCCGGGACCCAUCGCCCCCGCUGGAGCCUCUGGAGGAGCUGAGCGGAGAUGGGGGUCCAGCAGCUGAGGCCUUCGCUCACAACUGCGAUGACAGCGCCUCCAUCUCCUCCUUCUCCCUUGGUGGUGGGGCCGGCAGCAGCUCCUCCCUGCCCCGCAGCCGCCAGGGCCUGAGCCCUGAACAGGAAGAGACGGCCUCGCUGGUGUCUACGGGCACCCUGGUUCCCGAAGGCAUCUACCUGCCCCCUCCUGGCUACCAGCUUGUCCCAGACACCCAGUGGGAGCAGCUGCAGAUGGAGGGCCGACAGCUGCAGAAGGACCUGGAGAGCGUCAGCCGCGAGCGGGACGAGCUCCAAGAGGGCCUGAGACGGAGCAACGAGGACUGUGCCAAGCAGAUGCAGGUGCUCCUGGCCCAGGUCCAGAACUCAGAGCAGCUGCUGCAGACCCUGCAGGGGACUGUGAGCCAGGCCCAGGAGCGGGUACAGCUGCAGAUGGCGGAGCUGGUCACCACCCACAAGUGCCUGCACCACGAGGUAAAGCGGUUGAAUGAGGAAAACCAAGGGCUCCGGGCCGAGCAGCUGCCAUCCUCAGCCCCCCAGGGCCUGCAGCAGGAGCAGGGCGAGGAGGAAUCACUGCCCAGCUCUGUGCCAGAGCUGCAGCAGCUGCUGCGCCGCACGCGGCAGGAGGCGAGGGCCCGGCUGCAGGCCCAGGAACACGGGGCAGAGCGCCUGCGGAUCGAGAUUGUGACGCUGCGGGAGGCUCUGGAGGAGGAGACAGCGGCCAGGGCCAGCCUGGAGGGGCAGCUGAGGGUGCAGCGGGAGGACACAGAGGUGCUGGAGGCCUCCCUGUGCAGCCUGAGGACGGAGAUGGAGCGGGUGCAGCAAGAAGAGAGCAAGGCCCAGCUCCCAGACCUCUCAGAACAGAGGGCCAAGGUGCUGCGGCUGCAGGCAGAGCUGGAAACCAGUGAGCAGGUGCAGAGGGAUUUCGUGCGACUGUCCCAGGCCCUCCAGGUGCGCCUGGAGCAGAUCCGCCAGGCAGAGACCCUGGAGCAGGUGCGCAGCAUCAUGGAUGAGGCGCCACUCACGGACAUCAGGGACAUCAAGGACACCUGAGGGGGUCAGGGUGUCCCCACCCCUGCCCUGGGAAAGACGCCUUUCCCCACUCCAGAACCGUGAGGCCUGGUUCUGGGGUCUUGGGUGGCUUCUCCACCGUCCCUGAGCCUGGGGUCGAGGGGACUGAUGGGGCCACCACUGCCCUACCCGCCAGCGCCUCCUCCCAGGGUGGCUGGGCCUCCUGCUCUCAGGGAUUACACCUGGGUGAGGGGCCCAAGCCCCUCCUGGAACCAAAGGUGCAGGCUCAGGCCUGCGACUUUCUGGCUGCUGUGCUGCCUCCUGGGCUCCAGCCCUCCCCUGCCCCUAGCCCAUCCCCUGCCCAGGGCACAGCCGAGCCCCAUGGGGGCUGGGAGUCCCCAUCAGAGGCAGUGAGGUGGGCCCUGGCCCUGGGAUAGGCAGAGCUGCCUUCUGGUCUGCAUGACACUAAGACGCUUGUCCACAGCGGCGACCCACGCCUCCAAGCGCGCACAGAAGCAAGGCCAGACUUUUCUGUCAUUUAUUUUCAAUAAAUAAGCAGCUCAGCGCA